AAAAAAAAUAAUAAAAAAAAAAUUUAAAAAAAAAAAAGAAGAAUACUUGACAUACUUUUUUUUCGGACGUAUUUAAACCUUUGGGACGGACGCGUACCAGCGGACGAUUACGAGAAACAUCGUCUGUCAUCGUCGUUGUUAACGUCGCUGUCUUCGUCAUAUAAAAUCCCUUUAAAAGGUUAAAAAGGUGAAGAAAAGCGAUCGACGUACGUGAUUAACCGCUAGGCAACGAUUUUGUCCCACAUUUAUAUCUCAUCGUGAUAUCUUUCGAGAGAUACGCGAAUAAUUUUGUCGUUGAGGAGUAGAAGGAAAAAGUUGAAGUGGAAGUGGAAGUGGAAGUGGAGAAGAAGAAGAAGAAGAAGAAGAAGAAAAGGAGAAAAAAAACCUGUCAAUUUUGACGAAUAAAGUGCAUUUGAGAUAAUAAAAAAAAAAGUAGUAACAUUAUCAACUAGGAUUACUAAAAUCUCGUUGUCGGUUUUGUUUGGAAGGUUUGCAGAAUUGCUGGGACGUGUCUGUCUGUCUGUCUGUCUGUCUGUUUGUCUGUCUCUGCUAUCUACCCACCUACGUGUGUGUGUGGUUGCGCGAAAACAAACAAGUCGCGUCGCCAUCUUGCGCUUCUCCAGCUGCGAUUCGUGGAAGUGGAAGUUAAGUGGGAGAGAAAUAUAGGCGGAGAGUGGAGAGAAAGAAUCGGUGAAGAGAAAAGUUGUAGCAAGAGAGAUAGAAGAAAGAAAAUAAAUAAAUAUUCGCUCGUGUGUUAUUUUGUUUUGGUUGUUUCGUUGAGAGAAGAGGAGGAGGAGGUGGUAAAGGAGAGGAAGAAAUCGAAAAGUUUUAGUGAUUGAAAAGGUGACCGACGGUCACCGAAUGUGGCCAAAUUCACAAAGAACGCGAAAAGGGAGGACCGCAAAAGAACUCGAAACAACCAGGCCGAGGUAGCAUCAAGUUAAAAGGAAACUUCCCAGGGUGCCCUACUACAAGCAUCACCAACUACCGCACACUACUCUAUUAUUACUACUACUAUUACUACUACUACUACUACUACUAUAAUAAUAAUAAUAUUAAUAAUAAUAAUAAUAAUAAUACUGUACUACGCUAGUAUAUUAGACAUCUCUACUAUACGUACUAGUUCUCCACCACACAUCGUCACGUUUGUUACGCCGCGCGUUUCCCCCAACCGAUACUCCUUACUUCUCUUGCCCUGGAUACAAAGUUAUUGCGCAGUUAGAAAAAUCACUCUGGACACAGACACACACGUUAUAGAAGAAGAGGAAGAGAGAAGAAAUACGCCUAGAUAGUUCGACUGUCGCCUGCCUGCCUGUUUGCCUGCCUGCUUGCUUGUUUGCCUGCUUGCUUUCACCACAGGAAGAGAAGCGACCCGCGAUAAACUACAAACGACGGGUCGAGAGAGAAAUAGUAAAGAAAGAAAGAGAGAGUGUUAGAGGUAGAAGAAGAAGAAGAAGAAGAAGAAGAAGAAGAAGAAGAAAUAGGAAUAGAAUUUACAUCAUCUUGUCUGGUCACAACGUGUAUUAUCCAAAACCAUGACGAAUUCAGGAGUAAAAUUGAACAACAAAUUCGAACGUCAGGGUUCCCCUAACUCGGGUGGAAAGAAGUAUCAUCGUUCAAAUUCAAUGAAAUCACCGCCGUUCAAUCAUAACACUACUGGUGGUCGUUCUGGUAAUAAAAAUGGUACGAACAACAAUAGCACUGGUAGACUUAGUUGCAGUCCAACAUGUACUGGAAAAAGUUCAAGAAAUUCUCCGUCAAAAAGUGAUAGUAGUGGCAGUCAAAGGGGUAGCCCUACCAACAGCUUUUACGCUGGUGCCAAGUUUUCGGAAACCCCAUCACCGACCAGUCUUCCUAAACCACCCGAUCGUUGGACCAUUGGACCAUCAAAUAACACUCUUAUGAGUAGUUGUCAGGAAUCCGAAAGGCGACUUCAAUCAGAAUCGUCAAAUCAUCUAAAGAUGAUACUAAACGUCAAAGCCUGAUAUCCAAAGAUCCACGGACCGCCGGAAACGGUCGUCGGUUGUCGCGGCUCCCAAAGGGAGAGGCAGCUACGAUAUCAUCAUCAUCAUCAUCAUCAUCAUCAUCAUCAUCAUGAUCAUCAGAAUCAUCCACAUCGUCGUCAUCAUCAUUAUCAUCAUCAUCAUUAUUAUUAUCAUCAGCAUCAUCACCAUCAUUGUCAUCGACGCCAUUACUAUAAUCAUCGUUAUCAUCGUUAUCAUCAUCUUCAUCAUCAUCAUCGUCCUUCCUCAUCAUCGGGCUAUGGACAAUACGUUCGUGCGUACGGCCUCGAGCUGGUCGUUUAAAGAAACCGUGAGUAAGAAAUAAUAGACGAGACGAUUUAUUAUUAUUAACAAUUCUAAGCAUCCCGGUGUAUGUAUAUGUGUAAUAUGUAUAUUAUCACGAAUC